GUCUUCCACGAAACCAGUCCCUGCUGCCAAAAAGGUUGGGAACUGCUGCUCUAAGGAAGAAGGUGGCCAAGCAGAUGGCACUGGAAACCACUGACUUGUUAAACAGUAAAACGCAAAACAAAAGUUGCAGUUUGUUGGGAGACUGCCUUUUGCUUUGGGGAAUUUUCUUUUUCCUUUUUUUUUUUGUCUUUUCCAAGAGAGAGAAACUGGCAGCGUUUCCUGCUCCGAAAAGGACAGAUUCCUCAGGCACCUCCCACGAGGGAGAAAGUAGCCUGGUGUCUGAGUUUGUCCUUAAAUAUUUCCUCAAGCUGGCUUCCCUGUAUGGUCAGUAACCAAGUGAUUCGUUCCGUGGGGUAGAGCUUCCCUGGGCUCCCUCGAGCUGGACUAUUUAUCAUGGCAGCAGCUGGAGAUAAGCUGGACACAAAGAGGAUUUGUGUCUCCACGGGUCGGGCCCUAGAUACGAACGUGGAGGAAUUUUCUCAUUAGUGACCCCAUCCAUCUUUCGAGAGGGAUAACCUCCCUGGCGAGUAGAAUCAUGUGGCCUUUUUGUGAUGUCAGCUGAGCUCAGAAUGUUUAUUGCCUGGACAACCCAACCAGCCUCCUGGAAGCAGGCGUGUGUGACCUCCAUACACUUCAGUAGUCAGAAUAUGGAGAACUUCUCACUCCUCAGCAUUUCUGGACCUCGAAUCUCUUCCUCUGCUCUGAGCACUUUUCCUGAUAUCACGCCCUCACGUGCCACCAGCUUGCCAGGCAUUGCAAAGACUGUGUCUCCUACUGAGGCGUCCAGCCCAGCUCAGGCCCUGCCACCCCAGUACCAAAGCGGCGCUCUCCGGCAUGGGGUGCACAACACGGUGCUCUCAGCAGGCUGCAUCUCGGGGGACCCCCCAAACAGAGAGAAGCUGAGGAGGAAUUGCACCAUCUACCGGCCCUGGUUCUCCCCUUACAGCUACUUUGUAUGCAAGGACAGAGAGAGCCACCUGGAGACCUACAGCUUCCCAGAGGUGCAGCGGGACGAGGGCAGGGGGGACAGCUGCCUCCCAGACGACACGGCUGAGAGCAUCUGCUCAUCCUCCUCCUCCCCAGAGAACACCUGCCCCCAAGAGGCCACCAAGAAAUCCAGACACGGCCUGGAUUCCACAGACUACAUCACAUCCCAGGACAUCCUAAUGGCCUCCAAGUGGUACCCGGCCCAGCAGAACGGCUACAAGUGUGCGGCCUGCUGCCGUAUGUACCCGACGCUGCACUCCCUCAAGAGCCACAUCAAGGGGGGCUACAAGGAGGGUUUCAGCUGCAAGGUGUACUAUCGCAAGCUCAAAACCCUCUGGGGCAAGGAGCAGAAGGGCCGGCCGGGAGACAGGCUUUCCUCAGGCAGCUGCCAGGCCUUCAAGUAGGCCUGCUGGGUGGCGGCAGCUGUCUUGUUAGCGGACAACGCUUUAGGUAAACAGGAGAUGAUGCCUAUUUAUGUCUCUACAGAGAGACCAAUAAACCAAAGUUAGUGACAGCCUU